CAAGGAUAAGAAUUGCUGAAAACGAUCCGCCAAAGCAAAAUCCCAUUUGCCUCAGAUUUGACUUGCAAGCGAAGGGGCCAUGGUCUUGGAGCUGCUGUGCUUCUGCCCAUUGAACUAACUUUAAUGGCUUCUCUCUUUAACCCAAACCCACCUCUUGUUUCCUUCUCCUCAAUCAGACCCUCCUCUUUCAAUCCAUCAAAAAUGGUGUCCAAUUUCAACCAAACAAGCAUUAUCACCAACAAUACUGACGUUAUUGCCCAUACCAAACUCUUCUCGUCUUCUCUUUCAAUGGCUACUGGUUGUAGCUCCGCUGGUGGUGAUAACACCUCUAGGAAGCUUCCUGUUCUGCUCUUUGACAUCAUGGAUACUCUCGUUCGUGAUCCUUUCUAUGAUGACGUUCCCGCUUUUUUCAGAAUGCCCAUGGAGGAACUUCUUGAACUCAAAGAUCCAACUGUAUGGAUAGAAUUUGAGAAGGGUUUGAUUGAUGAGGCAGAACUGGAAAAGAGAUUCUUUAAAGAUGAACGACCGAUAGAUUUUGAAGGCCUCAAAAGCUGUAUGAUAAGCGGUUACUCUUUCCUAGAAGGCAUUGAAGAAUUGCUAAUUGCUCUUAAAGAGAAAAACUAUGAAAUGCAUGCCUUCACAAACUACCCUGUUUGGUACGAAAUGAUUGAGGAGAAGUUGAAGAUCUCGAAGUAUCUAUCAUGGACAUUCUGCUCUUGUAAAAACGGAAAGAGGAAGCCGGAUCCUGAGUUCUACUUGGAAGCCUUGAGACAUCUCAAAGUUGAACCAGCUAACUGUAUUUUCGUUGAUGACAGAAAGAAGAAUGUAGAAGCUGCAAAAGAAGUUGGCAUCAAUGGCCUCCAUUUCAAAAGUGCAGAUUUACUAUUAAAGGAUCUCUGUCUUCUAGGACUUGAUAUUUCACCUGAUACAAGCUCGCCUUAAAUCAACAUCUAUAUAUAUCUGCAGAACAUGUUCGGCAAGGGCUUCGGGAAGGAAAUUGAAAACUUUGGUCAGAACUUCAAGGUUGGGUAUCUGUUUAAUUACCUAUGAUUUGAGGUUUGGCUAAUUUUUCACUUUAUUUUAUUUUAUUUGUCAAAUAAUUUUAUGUUUAUUAACUCGGUUUAAAUUAAUUUGAUUGAGAUGGGUUUAAUUGUGGGGAAGAAAAGCUACAUUUUUAUAUUUGGCUAGGUUUUAGAAUCAUCUUGAAAUUAAACAAUAUUUAACAAUGCUACUGGGCAAUUUUAACGCUACUUUGAGGAGCCGUUGGAUAAUUUUACUCCCUUGUUGAUUUGAUUAGGGGAUUAGGGUACUAAAUUCUCCGGUUUAACUCGUGCUCUGGAACGAGCAUGAUUUAAACCACAACACAUGAUACUUUUUCAACACAAAUAGGGUUACAAAUGUUUAUGUUCGACUUUAUCCUUUAAUGCCACGACGCUACCCCAAUUUCCUAUAUAUAUUCCUCUCGGGAGAGUGGCUUGGGAGUGAUCUUCAAAGCACUAGGCCUGAUUUUAGUCAUUCUUGGUCAAUACCCAUGAAAUUUUUUCCAUUGUGUUGUAAUGAAGAUUAUGGCUUUGAGAUUCAAGUUUUGAUGAAAGGCUAAAGGGCCAAACGUGGAUCUUGAGGUUUGUUGGGCACUUUUCUAUGGAUUUAUGAGAUUUUGAUGAAUGUUCUUGGGUACUUUUUAUUAUUUUCUUGUCCCUUGUAUGAAUCCAUGCUUAAUUUAUGUUCUAUUAAUGUGACAAAUUAGUUAUGUUAAGCAUUGAUUGUGUAUGUUUGUUAUGUAUGAGAGGGCCAAAAUAAUGAAAGCUCGCUUAAUUUGAGCAACAAAUAGAUAUUAGUUAUAGUACGUUUUAUUGGAUUUUAUGCCCUAACUCAUGUUUGUAAACAAAUAAACGGGUUUUUUUUUUAAAAAAUGACAAAUUGAUAAAAUAUUUAAACCAUAUAGAACAAUUUCAAAAACGAAAAAAUCUCGUAGGUCCACAUGAGAAAUACAAAAAGUGCUUUAAUCAGCGUGAGAUUAAUUGACCACACAAGUGCAUCUAAUUUUUCUAAAUAAUCAUGAUAUACGAUCAUGUAGGAAAUGAUACACGAUCGCGUAUCAAAUCUAAAUGAUUUUGGUUUAGGAUCGUGUACCAAAUCUAGAUUUAAGAUCGUGUACCAAAACAUUUUAUAUUUGAUAGACAAUUGUGUACCAAUAUUUCAACGAUUUUUGGUCAAGAUCGUGUACAAAGGUUUUUUAUAUUUGGUACACGAUUUUGAACUAAAUAAUACUUUGAA